UUUAUGCAUUGAAUAUGGGUAGUGGCGCUGAAGAUCAUACGUCAAUAAUCAAGUCUGUGAUUAUAAGCUCGUUUUAUUGGUGCUAUGUGCUGUCUCAAGUCGUUGGCGGUGUCGCAACUCAAGCUUUUGGAACUAAGUGUGUAUUUGGAUGGUCACAGUUGGCAACAGCUUUAUGCAGUCUACUUAUGCCAUUAGCUGCAGAAUUUCAUUACGCUGUUGUAAUAUUCUUACGCUCAAUUCAGGGAUUUGCAUCUGGCCUCACUUGGCCUGCCAUGUACGCAAUGGUGGGGUACUGGAUUCCUAUGACAGAGCGUUCACGUUUUAUGUCAAGCUUUCAAGGAUUUAGUAUUGGUAUUGGUCUAACUUACCCACUCUGUGGAUUUAUUAUAACAACAUUCGGUUGGCCACUUGUUUUUUAUACGACUGGUCUAUUGGGUGUCGGAUGGUGUUCUCUAUGGUACAUUUUAGCGUUUGACACACCACAAGAACAUCCCCGUAUAAACACUGAGGAGCUGCAUUAUAUAGAGUGUCAUAUUGGGGAAGAUGUACGAAAAUCAUAUUCAAUAAAAGUUCCAUGGGGACAUAUAUUUAGAUCGUUGCCAGUUUGGGCGAUUGCAGUUACAACAUUCGGUCGAAUUUUCGUACAUUAUAUUUUUAUAGUUAAUGGGCCGGCUUUUAUGAAUCAUAUUCUUAAGUUCGAAUUUGGAGCAAAUGGAAUUUUGUCAGGAAUGCCAUUUCUUUGCUCAUACAUAUCGUCCGUAUUUUUCUGUUAUAUUGCAGAUAAACUAUUAUUAAAUAAUAUGAUGAGUCUUACUAAGGUAAGGAAAUUGUUCACGGGUUUAUCGCAAGUUAUCCCUGGAUUACUGAUAUGUUGUUUAGGGUAUAUAGAUAAUAUAACGUUUCUUUUGACAAUCUGGUUUGUAUCUGUUAUUUUUAUUACGGCGUCGUACGCUGGAGCAAUGGCUAAUAUUAUAGAUAUCUCACCAAACUAUGGGCACUCAGGAGCAGUACUAGCAUUCUGUCAAACAAUUCACAUGUCCGCAUCAUUUCUAUCACCAUUGACUGUUGGAUUCUUAGUAGCUCAAGAGGUAAAUUCUAAUAACCACUACAAAGAUAAAAUUUUAUCGUCCACUUCAAUUCCAUUUAACAGAUUCAUUUUUAUUAUUCACUGA